AUGGUAUCAGGCUCAGGGAUCUGCGCGAAGAGAGUUGUGGUGGAUGCGAGGCACCACAUGCUGGGCCGCCUGGCCUCCAUCUUAGCCAAGGAGCUUUUGAAUGGACAGAAAGUGGUGGUGGUCAGGUGCGAGGAAAUCUGCUUGUCAGGUGGCCUCGUUCGCCAGAAGAUGAAGUACUUGCGGUUUCUUCGUAAGCGUAUGAACACCAAGCCGUCCCAUGGCCCCAUACAUUUCCGUGCUCCAUCCAAGAUCCUCUGGCGCACCAUCCGUGGGUCUGUAACUAGUCUUUAUGCAAGUCUGGCAAUGCAGCAGCUACCAAUUGUUGCAAUGCCUUCUUCCGUUGGCCGUGGGCGAGGGGGUGGGUUGGAGAUACUUGAUACCCAUAUGCCCCUGCCUCAUUUCCUUUCUACUCGGGGUACAGGCCGAGGGGGUGGGUUGGAGAUAGCUAAUCUGAGGCGGAAGAAGGGACGAGACAGGUACAUGAAACAUGGUUAUCCUUUUGGUUUAGGUCGGUCUCCUCCUCUGAACUAUGCACAUGUCUCCUCCUCUGAACUAUGCACAUUGAACGUAGAUGGUGAAAUUUUGGAUUUUGAAGUUGAACGUCGAUGCUGA